UAUACUUUUUUAACUAGUUGCAAUAUAGGUUUUUUCCAAAUUCGUAGUUAAUUAGAAUUGUCCUUUUCGUCAUGUACUAUGCAAUUUAAAUAACAAAUAAAAUUUAUCGUGAAUACAAACCUAAUAAAGCAACAAUUCUUCAUAAUUUGCAAAACUUAAUCAUUUUAUCGCAACCUAAAAAAGUGCUUAAAUAAAAAUCUGCGAGGUCGUCUAAUUAUUUUUUUUUUUAUUGAUUAAAGGUUUUCUUAAGAAACUGCGAGUUAAAGAUAAUUGUUUUUGAUAAUAGAAAUAAAAAAUUGCAAAAUGAAUCGCUUACGUACACAAAAGUUCAAACCAAAUCCUGAUGUCAACAUAAGCGACACCGCUUGUAACAGCUCCUCAAGCAACAGUCUCCUAACCAAACUCACAAAACGCUACUCGACAAUCAGCAAUAAGAUUACGCGAAGGUCUCACUCUGGUCGCAAAAGUCAGUCGCCACAAAAGAUGAUAUCGGGUAGUUACGACAUGACCGGUACACAUUCUGAUGAUCAUCGCUUGGAAAUCGGUGCCCCUGUAUUGAUAUCCACAACAACACUAGACACAGAUCGCUUGGAUGUUACAGAGGCGCGACUACGACAGAUUAAUGGCGGCAUUGCUGCCACUAGCACAAUGAUACGUUGCAAACCUGCGCAAUCAUCGCCACCAAUACCAUCAUCCGGUAGUGAGAAUGAAAUGUAUUUAGAUGCUUUAAGUACACCGCCGCGUAAUAAUUCCCUUCCAUGCGAUGAGGAAGAUGAUAAAUUUGUUUUGGCACCAACGACACCGAAGCAGGCAAGCCCGGAACGUGAAAUAAAACCCUUAAAUACGCCUGUAGUAGAAAAUAAAACUAUUGAAAUCGUUGACACAGCUCCUGUCGAGUCAAAGCCUAACUAUAUCGAAACGAAUUGUUCUAUACGCUCCGAGCCUAAACUUAAUAGAAGGCAGCAUUCAAAAUCUGUGCAGAAUUUACAUAGAUCGGAAAUUAAGGUGUAUUUACAAAAGUCACCAUCCAUUGAAUUGAAUAGAAGCUUGACAACUGCAGAUUUAGAUCACUGCCGUGAUUUACCCAAAAUACCAGAACUUUAUGGUGCCAGUAAGUGCAGUUUAGCGCCCACCGAGAAUGAAGACAAAGAUUAUAAUAAAGAAAACUCCGCUCCUUCACGUAUGAUUAAUUUGCAUAAUUCAAAUGUAUCUAAUGAUUCACUGUGCCCGGAAAAAAAAGUAGGUGGAUUUCUGGCACAACAAUUGCAAUUCAAAAGUGUUGACUCUUUGGAUAUCAAUCGGAAUGGUAAACGGCAAAGUGUGAUAUUUGCUAGUAGUAUUUCGAUCAAUGAUCGUGGUUCAAAAAAUAGUGUCAUGAGCCAGGAAAGUGCCUUAGAAGAUUUCGAUCUCAAAUCUGUAAGUUGUCAGAGCUUAAAUGCACAAAGUUUAUUUGUGUCCAUUGAUGAAUUGAACGAAAUUACGCGUCAACUCAAUGAAUGGGAAGACUUUAACCAAGAAAUUGAUUUGGAAUAUUGUCAACAUCGCGAUAAUCUCAAGCCAAGUGAGAGACGAAUUACAUUACUGAAAAAUAAAAAUACACGUUUGAUUAACUUCAAUAACAACAAGGAGAAGAUAAAGAAGGGAUGGAAUGGUGUAAAACAUUGGCUUGAAGAAGAGAGUACUAAAAUUAAAGAAGCAAUGAACAGGCAAACACCCAUGCAUAGAGCGGGGGCUUCUCGUUUAAAUCUUAAUAGUUCAGACCCACAGUCCACACCUUCUGUUAUUGGCAGUGUGGCAUUAGAAAAUAGAAGUGAUAGACGUAGUAUGUCACGGGAAAAAACAUUAGCCGAUAGUGAUACUAUCAUGACAUCAACAUGUACGCUGUCAAAACCCGAAACACACUGUAGCCCUGUACAUGAGCUGCGUCUAAGUUGUGAUAAUAUGACUGAGGAUGAAAUGGACGAAUUAGAAUCGUCAUAUACACAUAGACCAGGUGAUGAGUCAUCACCAGAAAGUAAGCGCAUCAAACGGGAGGGCCAAAAUGGAUUCGAAGAAUUACGACGCUACAUUAAACAAGGAGGUGACUUCGGCAAGGAACUUAUACUCAUCCUACAAGAAAGAGUCGAAGCUGAAACUUUAUAUUCUAAAUCUUUAUCAAAAAUGGCUAACAAAUUGAACAAGGCUUGCCGCGAACUUCCUGGCAGUAUUGCUGAUGCUUGGCGUGGUGUUGCUACAGAAAUGGAAAGUCGCAGCGAUAUACAUCGUCAGUUAUCAACUUCACUUACAGAUGAAAUAGUUAAACCACUGAAAACAAUAGUCGAUACUCAUCAUAAAGCAAGAAAAUCUGUGGAGACCAAUGUCGAUAAGGCAGCGCGAGUAUUAGCCGAAUGGCGUGUCAGUGAAGCUAAGAGCAAAAAAUCUUCACAUGCUGCUGCUAGAGAAAAUGAAAAACUACAGGACGCUAUGUUGGAUGUCCGAAUACAAAAAUCUCCAUCCAUUGCCAUACUCCAUCAAGGUGCGAACAAAGUAGCAGCGGAGAAAGAAAUCAAAUCAGCUGAAAAGGAUUGCGCCAAAUUGGAUAACAAACGCAAAAAAGCUGAGGAAGCUGUUAAACGUGCUGAUGUCGAAUAUUACACACUAUGCGUACGUGCUGAGCGUGCACGUGUUGACUGGGAAAUGUCUGUUCUGCGAGGUGCUUCGCUGCUACAAAAUGUUGAAAAUCAGCGACUUGUGAAUAUGAAAAACUUUGUCUCAAAUUAUACUCGUCUAACAUCGAUGAUGAAUCCAAUAAUAGAUAGCGUAGUGCAGCGUCUACAGCCACAAGUUGAUGCCUGUAAUGUAUUGAAGGACAUGCAAGUUGUUAAGAAUAUAAGACGUAAUUCAGAGGGUCCAAGUGAACAGUUGUUACCCGACUUUUAUUGCGAACACACAACUUUGGCAAUGAAUCGUGAGAGGCGAAAACAUGCUCUAAUCAAAUUACUGCAAUUGGUAAAAGCUGAUUUGGAACGCGAACGACGUUCACGUAAUGGAUUGAAGGGUCUCUCGCAAUCAUUGAAUAACCAAGAGAAUCAAAAUAUUACCGAUAAAUUGUAUCAUAUUCGUUCAAUGCUAACAUAUUUGGAGGGCUCCCGUUUUAAAUUACAUUCAGCUUUGCUGGAACUGGAUCAUAAGCCACGUACAACGCAUCCUCUUGCGCAACAUAUACAAGUAAGUCAAGAAUUUUAUUUAGAAUUAUAG